UGCACCUUUACGAAGAAAAAUAUGAAUUAUCUUCAAUGUAGAAUGUCAAAACAUUUGAUAACGAAGGUUUUACUCAGAAGAAGUGAUCUAAUAACUGUAAACUGUUUGAUAAAAGCCAAUGUUUCAUUUAAAACGAAAAACACACAAAACGAAAUUUUUGAAACGUUGAAUACGUACACCGAUCUAAAGUUGACACCACUGAAAAUAAAUAAAUGUGAAUUUGGCAAGAGCUUUAGUCGCGCUCACAUACAGUGUGAAAAAUUUACUUGCACAAUGGAGGAAUCAGGCAAACAGGGAAAGAUAGUUCCUGCAGUUUCUUUCAAAGGAAUUUACAAUGAUGGAUUUGACUUUUUGAACAAUUACAUUAACGGAAAGUUAGAAAUUGAUCUUUCAGAUCCAGCGGAUGUGAAUCGAACAUCAGCAUUUUUCCAACUUUACAAAUUUUUCAGCAAAAUAGAGGACCAUGAAAGAUGUUUAAAAAGAGACAGCAGAAAUAUUUUCACAGAUAAACCAAAAAGCUAUGUGACUGCUCUUCUGACAAACCAUCUUCUCAGUAAAUUAGUGCUAGGAAAAGAACACAUUACUAGUAGAGAUUUGUCUGACAGGCCUUUGUUUUGUCCCUGCUUUAGUGCUGUCAAAUGUCAGAAACCAAUAGAAUAUGGACAUACAGGAUUAGGUUAUGAAAAAUUUUGGUAUGGAAGACCUGAUGUUCUUUUAUCAGCUGAUAAUGAAGUACAGCAAAACUGUGUUAUGGUAAGCGAAGAUAGAAAAACGAAUAAUCAAAGCAGUGAUUUUGAAAAAGAACUAUGCUCAGAUAUUGACGAAAAGACCAAAGAGGAGGAAGUUGCCUGGAUAAGCCAGACUCUAGCUCAGUGUAUUACAUUUGCAUUUUCCCGUUCAAAUAUGAAGAAACGUUAUUCAAAUAAAGCCUUCACGAGUACAUUGAUACCUACUUUAGUGUUGACGCCAAAUGAUUAUUUUGUUUACAUGUAUGAAUAUGAACACGAUGUUCUUCUAAAAAGUGGUCCAUCUGACUUGUGGGAUAAGAGUGGACAGAAAUUUAACAGUGCUGCAAUUUUACAUCUUUGGAUGCUUUUGAACCAUAUGAACUUUGUACCUUGUCUGAGCCAAAAUCAAGUGAAUUAUUUGGGCAAGAGUGCAAAUUUUCAUAAUAUUUCUGGUGAAAAGUUCACAUUGUCUGAAUUAACAGAAAAUGUUUCCUUUAAGUCAUGUUUUGUGGAGAGUAAUAAAGCACAUGAUAUGAAUUUAUAUCCAGAAAUAGCAAUAUAUUAAAAUUUACUAACAUUGAAUAUAUUGUACUUUUAAAAUGACAGGCAUGAAUCAUUAUUAUAAAAGUAAGAAGAUUUGGUAUGAUUGCCAAUAAGACAAUUUUCCACCAGAGAAUAAAUGAUGUAAAAGUUAGUAACUGAAUGUCAACUUACAGUCUUCAACAAUGAGCAAAAGCCAUACUGCAAAGCAAGUUAUAAAAGUCCUGGACAACAAAUGUAAAACAAUUUAAACAACGUUUAGAUUUUUUUUUAUUUGAAUCAUUAAAUGUCUGCAAAAAUUUGAAGUCAUUAACAGAAUCUCAAACUACUAAACGUAGUUUAAGUUAGGCUAUAAUAAAGGACUGAGAACAAGGAGUCAAUUAUCAGUAUUGACAUAGAUUUUGAAAUAAAAAAUCUAUGAGCACAUUUAAGAAACAACUUCAUAUUGAGAAAAGAGUUAUUACAGGAAUAAUACAUCUUCUCUAAAAAUAUCUUAUUUAUAGAAUUUACUCGAUGUUUUCUCAAAGGAAAUAUUCAGGGAAUUAAUGUAAACAUUAACCCUGUUCAACAUUUUUGCUUACCAAAGGUCUUUGUCAUUGUGAUGCCAUAACAUUAAAAGUAAUGUCUAAUAUUUUAUUUUUAUAAAAACAGGGAUACUUGAAACACAUAUAUGACAUUUUGUCCUUAUUACUAAUGACAUUGAUGUUAUUUUCAAAAGUGUAACACAUCACAUAGAUAAAGAUACAUUGUUAUACAUUAGUUAACUAUUAGAGAACUUCAUUAUGUUUUUUCUCAGACUGCUUACCAUGUUUUAUACAACUUGUUAAUCAGUUGGAGGCAUAGAUGAAUGAUAAAAUUGUUUGUUUAUUAAAGAACUAGCUUUCGGUACUAAAUGUC